AUGUCGAUGGCGCAGUUACAAGAGUUGGCUCUAGGGCUGGAGGCAAGCGAGCAGCCUUUUUUGUGGGUAGUACGACCUGACAUAGCCGAGGGAAAGGCUGCGGUCUUACCCGAGGGAUUUACAGAACGAAUUGGGGCAGAACAGUCUCUCAACUGCAGAUUUUGCAAAGACAUUUGGAAGAUUGGCAUGGAUUUUGAGUCCCGAGCUGAAGAUGAAAAUGCUUUGGUAUCUAGAGAGGAGGUGGAGAUGGUAGUUCGAGCGAUGGUGGAAAGCCGCCAAGGAAAGGAAUUAAGAAAGAAUGCAACAAGGUUGAAAGAGGCUGCGACGAAAGCGGUGUUGGCAGGGGGUUCGUCUUAUCGAAAUUUGGAUAAAUUUACAAGGGACAUGACUGCAAGAGCAAAUUCCGAGAUACUAGAAUAA